AUGGAGACGCAAAAAGAAGGGAACGCUUUCGGUGCUGCUUGGCCCAACAGACUGGGACAGGGCAGGGGGAAAGCAAUUGUAAGCAAGUUCUCUCUCUCUCUGCAAAGUGCAAUGUGCAAAUGAAUGAAAACUUUCAUGCAGGCGCUGUUCCUGCAGGAUAAACUCCAGGUUCCAAGAUGCAGCAGUCCUGUUAGUGUUUAUGUUGAAUUUCCCCGCUUUGCUUGCAAAGGUUUUGCAACAAUUGAUUGGGGGGAUUUGGAGGACUGUACAUCUGCUGUGGAGCAGGAGAGAAACUCAUUCGUCUGUCAGCACCACCUGAAGUUUCCUUCCACACACUGCCUCUCUGCACAACAUUACACAUCUGAAAUGACCACCAAGAUUCACUCCUGGAGCUCUACUUUGAUUUGGUGGGAUUAUCAGGUGAACGAGUCUGAUAUAGACGAGCAGCAUUAUGGAGAUUAUGCAAUGGAUUUCAUCACAGAUUCCACUGCUGCAGGAGACAGUUGUCUGUCUGAACUUCUCCCAUUUCAGGGAUGUGUUAUACCCCCUCUAACUCCUCAGAGGGAUUUCUCUCCAGAGGACAGCAUGGUUCAAUCCUCCACAGAAAAAACAGAGGAUGGAGAUUCAUGGAGGAGUGUUGCAGAGCACCAGGGGAGGGCUCUUGGAGACUCAAUGGCCAUCAACAAACAGCUCCAGGAGAGUCUUCACAAGCGACAACAAGAACUGAAUUCUCUUCAGGAAAGAAACCUGUACCUCAAGCAACUGGCGAGUCGAGCAAAACACCUCGCCUCAGUCCUUGAAAGACUCAUGACAGUCAGAGAUUCUCAUGCUGGAGAACCGAAGGUACCAACCUCUGAAAACACAUCUCUGAGUCCCUGCAAGAGGCAGCGUCUGGAUGAAGGUUAUGAAACAGAGUCCUCUGACUCGGUGGAGGACAUGCUGAGGGACAUCAGCACACGUUGCAAUGCUGUGCUGCUCAACAGCGCUGCAGGAUCACCACAGGAGUCCGAGACGAUACGCAUGUAUGGCGCAUUCUCAAGUUUGCAUAUGUCCACUCCUAAUAACAGCAGCACUGUGAAUGUUGAUGCACCAGAGGCUGCAGAAGAUGUCUCAUCCUUCAGGACCUCCGUCAGAGAACACUGCACCAUUCGGACUCAGGUGUUUCCUCAUGGGCAUGCGUUUACAUCAAGGACCCUGCAGGGGGGGUACCGUUUCCGCUGGGUUCCUAACCGCAGCUGA